AUGCACAGUCCGGUCCCGCUCCUCGUCCUGCUCCUCUGCACGGCCGCGGCGGCCUCCAACGGCUCCCAGUCCCAGGUACGUCACGUCACGUCAGCCGCCAGCGUCUUCUCCUCCCCUAUCCUCACUUUGCCGCCUCGAUCCCCUGCUGCAAUUCCGGCUCACAUUGCGUCACGCCGCGCGCAGUCGCAGGCACCGGGGGCGGCGCGGCGGGGGAUGAUGGUGCCGGUGGCCCCCGCGGAGUCGGAGCUCGGCGCCAUGGCGCUCGCCCUCAACGACACGCGGCGCCGGCUCGGGGGCAGCUUCCAGCUCUGCGCGCCCUGCACCUGCUGCCGCGGGGCCAGCGGCGCCUGCGUCCUCGCGCCCUGCUGCUACUCCAUCAACUGCAACAUCCCCAACCGCCCCUUCGGGUACUGCUCCUUCACGCCCAAGUCCUGCGAGUGCAGCGGAUGCAACCUGUGA